AUGCAUGUCUUGCUAUCACUGUGGAUGUUGCUUUUCAUACUGAGGACUCUUGUUGGUGCUCUCCUAUGUGAAAAGCUGCUCGUAAAAAAGAGUGGUAUUCCACCUCCGUUGUUGUUAUUAUGUGUACUUGCACCCUCUGUUCUGAGGGGCUUGGGUUUAUCGGUGAAGAUUUGCUUUGGGUCCCAAAUUGUUCAGGGCUUUUCCUGGUUUUCAAUUAUGGGCCAGGCAGGUGCCUUUGUCUAUGGGCCAACGUUUUUUGAUGUGCACUUGUCACUCUAUAUCCUUGUUGAGCGUUCCUUGGAUCGGCGUGAGUUCCCUCCUGUGGGAGAGAUGUUGCAAGUCGACUGA